CUGUGCUUUCUGUGUCUGUUGUUGGUUCGUCUUCAUACUUUUAUUUGAGAAGUCGCCUCCUGUUCCUGCUGUAGUCUGUGUUCCUGGUGUUUCCCCGUACUUCUGUGUUCAUUUUUUAUUUUUCCCGGGCCUUGCGUGUUCCUUGGUUUUUCCCUGUUUGGAUAUUACUUCAGUUUAGGAGUUUGUAAGUUUAAUUGUCUCUAUCUACACUUGCCAAGACAAACCUGAUGCAUGUAAUCAACACUCAGAGAGAACUAGACAACAGACGUGUCUGCUCGUCCAGAGCCUGAAGGUGAACAGAGAUGGCCGGGGCCGGACUAUAAUUCAGGCUGGGCAUCAGUCCAGGGAGGAGCACUGAGAGGUAAAGGUAUGAAGGCAGACUGCCAGACUCCAUUUUACACUCGACAGAGCAGAGACAACAUGCUGUCUGAGGCAGGAUUCUUGGCCAAUAGAGCUGAGUGUGAUCUGAUGAGAGGAGGAGCAAAACAGGGAGCGACACUGAGAGGUAAAGGUAUGAAGGCAGACUGCCAGACUCCAUUUUACACUCGACAGAGCAGAGGACAACAGGCUGUCUGAGGCAGGGUACUUAAAGAAGUGUUUCACUGCUGGGAAGAUGACCUCAUAAAACUGUGCUGUCUUUGCAGCAGAAAGCUCAAGACGAAGGUAGAAAACCUACAACUACCAGAAUGCACUGCGCCACACUGGGCCAAUAAAUGCUCCCGCUGGCAACUCUCAGACUUGAAGAUGAGUCAAUUACAAGAACAGGAGGACAGAUCAAAGUCCCCAGCACCCAGCUGUCAGUCUGUGAAGAAUGACACAGAUAGGUCCAAUGACAGACCUAUAAACUUCAGUAAUGAACCUGGACCCUCAGACACAAAACAGAGAGCAGCGUCUCCAACACCCAGCUAUCUGUCUAUGAAGAGUGAGCGGUCCAUUGACAGAGAUAUAAACUUCAGUAAUGAACCUGGGGCCUCACACACAAAAGAGAAGAAAAGAACUCAUGAUUCUGUGGAGGAACAGCCGUCCUGCUGUGCUUUGUGUCAGGACGUCCUGAAGGAUCCAGUCUCUACCAGCUGUGGACACGGUUUCUGUAGACAGUGCAUCACCUCAGACUCCUCCUGUCCCCAAUGUGGAAAAAGAUCCAAAACAAUGCUGUCGCUGUUGGCAGUUCCUGUUCUGCAGGAUGUUGUACUUGGACAUAAGAUCAGUCAGAAGACGAGUUUUAAACAUGUAAUUGAAGGAACUUGUGAAAUAGGAAAAACAGGAAGUAAAACCCUCCUCAACAAGAUCUACACUGAGAUCUACAUCGCAAAGGGACAGAGUGAAGAAGUUAAUACCCAACAUGAGGUGAUGCAGCUCAAGACAGCUUCCAAGAAUAAGAUCUUUCUCGCCAAUCCAAUCAAGUGCCAUGACAUCUUUAAAGCCUUACCUGAUGAACAGAAACACAUCAGAGUUGUUUUGAUGUGCGGCGUCGCUGGCGUUGGAAAAACCUUCUCAGUUCAGAAGUUCUGUCUGGACUGGGCCGAGGGUUUGGAGAACCAAGAUAUCAGUCUGGUGAUUCCUCUUUCCUUCAGGGAGCUGAACUUGAUCAAAGAUGAGCAGUACAGUCUUCUGGAGCUGCUCCGUGUUUUUCAUCCAUCUUUACAGAAGCUCACAGCAGAGCAGCUCACUCGCACUAAAGUUCUCUUCAUCUUUGACGGCCUGGAUGAAAGCAGACUUUACCUGGAUUUCAAAAACAAUAAGGCUGUUUCUGAUGUCACACAGAAGUCAUCAGUCAACGUGCUGUUGACAAACCUCAUCCAGGGGAAGCUGCUUCCCUCAGCUCUCGUCUGGAUAACUUCCCGACCUGCAGCAGCCAAUCAGAUCCCUCCUGCGUGUGUUGACAGGGUGACAGAAGUACAAGGCUUCACUGACGACCAGAAGGAGGAGUACUUCAGGAAGAGAGUCAGUGAUGAAGAGCUGUCCAGCAGAAUCAUCUCCCACAUCAAGACAUCCAGGAGCCUCCACAUCAUGUGUCUGAUCCCAGUCUUCUGCUGGAUCACUGCUACAGUUCUGAACCACAUGUUGACUACAGACCAGAGAGGAGAGCUGCCCAAGACCCUGACUGACAUGUACUCACACUUCCUGCUGGUUCAGACAAAGAGGAAGAAGCUCAAGUAUGCUGAGGGACAUGAGACGAGUCCACAGGAGCUGACGGAGGCUGACAGGGAAGUUCUUCUGAAGCUGGGGAGGCUGGCGUUUGAAGAGCUGCAGAAAGGAAACAUCAUGUUCUACCAAGAAGACCUGGAGCGCUGUGGUCUGGAUGUCACAGAGGCCUCGCUGUACUCAGGAGUUUGUUCAGAGAUCUUCAAAAGAGAGAGUGUGAUCUUCCAGAAAACAGUCUACUGCUUCGUUCAUCUGAGCGUUCAGGAGUUUCUGGCUGCAGUCUACCUGUUCCACUGUUACACCAACAGGAACACACAGGUACUCAAGGACUUCAUGGAUGAUGAUGAUGAUGAAGAGGAUGUUGUUGAUUGGGACAAUGACCAUUACCCAUCCCUGGAUGUCUUCCUGAAGACAGCCAUGAAUAAAUCCCUCAAAAGUAAAAAUGGCCACCUGGACCUGUUUGUCCGCUUCCUUCAUGGCCUCCCUCUGGAGUCCAACCAGAGACUCUUAGAAGGCCUGCUGGGUCAGACAGACAACAGUCCAGAAAUCAUCCAGAGAGCCAUCAACAACCUGAAGAAGAUGGACAAAGAUGGGAUAUCUCCUGACCGAAUUAUCAACAUCUUCCACUGUCUGAUAGAGAUGGACGACCGCUCGGUCCAUCAGGAGAUCCAAGAGUUCCUGAAAUCAGAGAACCGAUCAAAGAAGCAACUCUCUGAGAUCCACUGCUCAGCUCUGGCAUACACACUGCAGAUGUCAGAGGAGGUUCUGGAUGAGUUGGACCUGGAGAAGUACAACACAAUGACAUGGGCACGACAGAGACUGAUUCCAGCUGUUAGGAACUGCAGAAAGGCUCGACUUACUGGCCUUAGACCUUCAAAGACUCACUGUGAAGUUUUGGCCUCAGCUCUGAAGUCCAACCCCUCUCAUCUGAUAGAGCUGGACAUGGGUGACGAUUGCAUCUUCGUGGAGGAGUCAGGAGUGAAGUGUCUGUCUGCUGGAUUGGAAAGUCCAAACUGUAGACUGGAGACUCUGAGACUGAGGGACUGCAGUUUGUCAGAGGUCGGCUGUGCUUCUGUGGUCUCGGCGCUGAAGUCCAACCCCUCCCAUCUGAGAGAGCUGGAUCUGAGUCACAAUGUGCUGAAGGAUUCAGGAGUGAAGCUGCUGUGUGAUUUUCUGGAGAAUCCUCACUGUAAACUGGAGAUUCUGAGAUUGGGGAGCUGCAUAUUGUCAGAGAUCAGCUGUGCUUCUCUGGUCACAGCUUUGAACUCCAACCCCUCCCAUCUCAGAGAGCUGGACCUCAGUAACAACGAGCUGAAGGAUUCAGGAGUGAAGCAUCUGUGUUAUUUUCUGGAGAGUUCAAACUGUAGACUGGAGACUCUGAAAUUAUGGAAAUGCACAUUGUCAGAGAUCAGUUGUGAUAAUCUGGCCUCAGCUCUGAAGGCCAACCCCUCCCAUCUGAGAGAGCUGGACCUGAGUGACAACAAGCUUCAGGAUUCAGACGUGAAGCUGCUCUCUAAUCUUGUGGAGAGUCCAAGCUGUAGACUGGAGACUCUGAGGAUCGAUGGCUGGAAACACCAGAAAUGAAUGUCCUUUAAACUGUGGGACGUUCGUCCAGUGAAGACCUCAGGGACUGAGUGAGCAAGGGAGAGCUACUCAGGAGGGGAGAUCUACUCGGCACAUAUAAUUCAAAACUAUAACUCAGCAACUGCCCAGUCGCAUACCAACUGCCCAGUUGCAUAACAACUGCCCAGCAUCUGACAACUCAAAGCCAACACAGAGCCAAGUCUAAACCAACCUAAAGCCAACUCGAUCAAAACCUGUAAAUACCAAAGCCAACACUAACUAGAAGCCAACUCGAACCUGAAAAAAACGAUCUUGAAGCCAAGUCCUAGCCAGCCCAAGCCAGUUGGUUUACUUUCAAUUAUUUUUAAAACACACUCUAAGAACUAACUCAAACUAAAACUACCAAAUACACUCCUAAAUUAAACUAAGAUGUGCCCAACCAACAUCUCUUACUUCAGGGUACAGUGCAGAGUAUGUAAUGCAGAUGUAAUAUCAAAUGAUACCACAAGAUGGCGCCAUAAAGCAACUGUAAAAUCACAUCAGUUAGUUACUGAAGUUACAUACUGUAAACCACAUCUGCAUGCACUGUAUUCUCCAUUUGGAUAUGUGUUUUCAUAUUUAGUCAUGUGUGGAAAAUUUACACCAAACAUUUUUUUGGAGACGCACAGAUGCCUGCUACUAACGGUGAAAAAACAAUCAUAAAUUACAAUAAAAAAUUAUAUUGUAAAUUGAUUUUGUAUAGAAUGAUGAUGAUGAUGAUGAUGAUGAUGAUGAUGAUGAUGAUGAUGAUGAUAAUAAUAAUAAUAAUAGUAAUAAUAGUAAUAAUAGUAAUAGUAAUAUAAAAUGCAAUAAUAAAAUGCCUGAAAGCUGACAGCAUCACCCUGAACUGAACUCCAUUGAACAUUUAUUAUAACCUAUGAAUCAGGUUUUUAUUACAGGUCAGAUGUGUUUAUUUGAUAUUUUAACAUUGGAGAUCAAUUUUCCAAUAAAAAAACUAUUCUGGCACUGCUCAAAAAAUAAAUAAAUUUGUCAUCACGUUACCCUUUAGCGUUGGUCUGUAUUUAAAGAUGGUGUCUCCUCCUUUUGUACCUUCCCUAUCAAAAUCUAAUAAAUAUGUUUUUGCCUUUGCCUUCUUAUUAGUGAAAAGACUAAUUUUAACUAAAUUGAAAUUAAGAACCCCCCCCCCCCACCUGUAAUGCACGUUGGUUGGCGGAUGUCCUUUAUUCCUUCAAUUAGAACAAAUUAGACUUUCUACAAGGAGUUCUUCUCAAAAAUGUUGGAAGGUAUUGGGCCCAUUCUUUCUAUAUUUUGAGAAUAUUAGUUUCUCACAUAUUUCUGACUACGACUAGAUUGGCCUAGUCCUGGCAAUAUGUCCUAUUUUGUUAGGGUGACUACCUAUUGUAAUGUUUUGCUGAAUUUGGAUGCUGUAUGUAUGUAUUUUUGUAUUUAAUCCUCAUUACUGACUGUAAGGGGGUUGUUGUGUUUUGGUUUGCUUUGAUUUGUUUAUUUUAUUUUGUGUAUGUCAGCAAAAAAGGAAACUUAUUUUUAUACAUAUAUUUUUCAACUGCUUUUGUAUUGCUGUUUUGAAAUUAAUAAACAAACCUGAACAAGAAAA